AUGGAGAUGAUAUUCAUUGAUGAACAGGGUGAUACAGUGCAAGCUUCCAUUAAGUAUACACUGUUAUACAGAUUUGAGUCUAAGAUCAAAGUGAACAGAUGUUAUGUAAUGUCAAACCUAUCUGCUUUUUUUAGUGUCAAGACCUACAAGCAUGCCUUGAAUGACUAUAGAGUCACUUUUGAAUAUACAUCUACUGUGAGAAAAGUUGACGUUCCGUCCAUUCCAAUGUAUUCAUUUAAGUUCACACCUUACGCAGAUAUACAACAAGCGUCAAACAACAAUGAGUAUACGAUAGAUGUUAUUGGUUCGCUUUUGUCGAUAGGUUCAUUGAAUCACCUAUUGGGUGGAACAAAACAAAACAUUCCAUUUGAACUUGAAGAUAUUGAUGGUUCGAAGGUCAACUGUUUGUUAUGGGGAAAGUUUGCUGAAUACAUACUUCAACGAAUUCAAGACAUUGGUGUAGGGCCGUAUAUUGUUGUAAUACAAUUUGCAACGACUGAGAUAAAGAAUGGUGAAGUUCAGGUAUCUAACCAUUGGCAUUCAUCACGCGUGCUUAUAAAUGAGGAUAUACCUGCAAUUAAUGAGUUCAAAUCGAGUCUCAUUCGGAGUAAACCAAAUAGUGGUCAAGUGAUAAGUCAAAAAUCGUCGCAGUCUUCUUACUCGAUGGAAGAUGAUUUCAUACGUAAGACUGUCAGAAAAAAUUUGGACGAACUGAGUGACACAAAUGAGCCUGGCAAAUAUGUUGUAUUGGCCACUAUUAAGGGUCUUGUGAAAACAUCAAAGUGGUGGUACAAUGGUUGCAUUAAGUGUAAUAGAUCUGCUAGACAGGAUUCGAAAAUGUGUUAUAAAGUUGAAGUCAUUGUCAUGGACGAAACAAAUUCAGCUUCGAUGAUUGUAUUUGGGAAAGAAGCUGAAAUGAUGCUAGAUAUUCCUGUAGAAGCAUUAAUUCAAACAGUCCAAAACAGGGGAGAAGAACCUGUGGAGUAUCCUAUGGAACUUGAGGGGUUAAUUGAUCGAAGAAUGUUAUUCAAAAUUGCUAUCAAGGGUGAUAAUGUUGCCAAUGAAGAUCAUAAAACAUACAAUGUUCAAAAAGUUUGCACAGAUGAUGUUAUCAUUGCUUCAUUCUUGAAGCAUUACGAAAUGGAUGCGAAACAUGAUAAUGGUUCAUCGUCGCUGAGUGUCAAUUAUGACAACGAUGGGUGUGUCUUCUCAUCAAAGGACUCUGGAACGUGUUCUAAUUUUAACGAUGGCGUUGUGGAUGGUGAUAUCACAACUAAUGCUAUUGUGGAUGAUGAUGUCAACGCUAUUACUCCAAUGAAGCGAUCCAACGAUUGUUUUCCAAAGUCCUGUCAACUGACUGUCGACGGAUCUCAGAUGAAAGAGAACCAAUUCGCCAGAAACAUGUCUGACAAUAGUUAUAUUGUUAAAGGAAAAUGCAAAGAAAUAAUGAUUGAACAAGUUGAAAGCAAACGAGUAUAUGGAAGUCCGCACUCAUCUUUGGAACAUGUUGCAAAAGAAAAGGCUAAAGAUGACGUUGAGUACUGUCGCAAUGGUGUAUCUACAUCGUGUGAAGAUCAUUUACAAGUUACAAAAUCUUAUUAUGAAUCAAAUAAAAGUUGUACCGUGCGGAAUGGAAAGAAGAUGGCUAGGAGUCAUAAAACAAUUGACUCUGUAACACGUAUGUUGGUUAUGACAUCAGUACCCGCUAUGUUGGUAGAUGAGGAUUUACAGACGUUAAGAGACAAUUCUUCCGACAGCGGAGAUUCUGAAUAUGUUUCCAACGAUGAGAAUAGUGACGAUGCAGUUGACGAUACUGAUUAUGAAGAUCUUGGAGACCAGACGUAUGAAUGUCCUUUUUGUGGUUCAAUGAUGUGGUACGGUGAAAGAAGUGACAAGCAUAGACAAACAUCCAGGCCCAAAUUUGGCUUAUGUUGUAUGUCCGGGAAAGUCCAGCUCCCAAAAAUAAGAGAUGCACCUCCUACACUUAACAAUUUAGUGUUUGGCACUGAUCGGAGCAGCAAACAUUUCCAAGAGAACGUACGAUCGUAUAAUAUGAUGUUUUCUUUCACGUCGCUUGGUGGAAAAGUGCAGACAUCUAUUAAUAACGGAUCUGGUCCAUACACAUUUCUGUUACACGGACAUAAUUACCAUCUACUGGGCAGUUUAUUGCCGGAAGAAGGCACUAGGCCUAAGUUUGCCCAACUUUACAUUUUCGACACAGAAAAUGAGAUUCAGAAUCGAAUUGAUGCCGUCAGGUCCGAAAAUCAAUCUAACAAUCUUGACCCAGCCAUCGUUGCAUCGUUGAAAGAUAUGAUUGACGGUAACAAUGUACUUGCACAACAUUACCGUGCUGUUCAAGAUCGUUUUUCCAAUGAUGGCCAUCAAGGAGUAAAACUCAGAUUGGUAAAGAGUCGCAGUACUGAUGGCAGGACGUACAAUCUUCCUAACGCAAGUGAAAUAGCAGGCUUGAUCGUUGGUGACUUUGACACACAAGAGGGUGUCAGGGAUAUUGUAGUUGAGACGCGCUCAAAUAAGCUGCAACGAAUCAGUGAGCUCCAUCCUCUUUACUUGCCUCUACAGUAUCCUCUUUUAUUUCCUUACGGUGAAGAUGGUUAUCGAGACGAUAUCAGUUUGAGAGAAUCUUCAUUUGCUGAUAAUAGAAAACGAAGGAAGAUAAGCAUGCGAGAAUUCUUUGCAUACCUAAUUCAGAAACGGCAUGGAGAACAUUCGUUACUUUUGCAUUCCAAGAAGUUAUUUCAGCAGUUCUGUGUUGAUGGAUUUUCGAUGGUUGAGUCACAGAGGUUGAAUUUCAUAAGGUUCAAUCAGGAUCAACUUAGGGUUGACAUGUACAAGGGUAUCGAAGAAAAGAUUUUUAAAGGAGACACUGAGGGUAAAUCUGUUGGACAACGCAUUAUAAUUCCAGGGUCGUUCACCGCAGGUCCAAGGUAUAUGUUUAACAACUUCGUUGAUGCUCUUCAAAUAUGUAACUGGAUUGGAUUUCCAACCCUCUUCAUCACCAUCACAUGCAAUCCCCAAUGGCCAGAAAUACAAAGGGUGUUAAAAGAUACAAAUCUCAGGCCGGAGGAUCGGCCAGACAUUCUGUGUCGUGUGUUCAAAAUGAAGCUCGAUAGUAUGAUGACGGAAAUCAAGAAGGGCUGUAUAUUCGGACGUAUUAGAGCAUAUGUCUGCACAAUUGAAUUUCAGAAACGAGGUCUACCGCAUGCACAUAUUUUAUUGUGGUUGCAUAAUGACGACAAGCAAAAGAAUCCAGAAGAAAUUGACAGGAUCAUAUGUGCUGAAAUUCCUGACGAAGAAAACGACAGAAAGAUGUACCAGUUGGUGGAGAAGUAUAUGAUACAUGGACCGUGCGGUCAGGCGAAUUUGAAAUCUCCAUGUAUGAAAGAUAGAGUUUGCACGAAACGAUUUCCAAAGCCAUUUGUGCAGCGCACUGAAUCAGAUGCAGAUGGGUUUACAGUGUAUAGGAGAAGGGAAGAUGGCAGAACAGUUACGAAGAAGAAGACUGCUCUUGAUAAUGGGUUUGUGGUCCCCUACAAUCGUAUAUUGUUGAGUAAAUACCGAGCUCACAUUAAUAUCGAUCUAUGCAACCAAAACAAGUCAAUUAAAUACCUGUUCAAAUACGUAAACAAGGGGCAUGACCGAGUCACAGCGGCAUUUUAUGAGACACGCAAUACAGAUGGCGGUGCUGAGAUUCGUGAUGAGAUAAAGAUGUACUACGACUGCAGAUAUCUUUCGGCGUGUGAGGCAAUGUGGAGGUUGUUUAACUUUGAUAUUCAUUACAGAGACCCGUCCGUAAUUAGGCUAAGCUUUCAUCUCCCCGAUCAUCAGCCAAUUGUCUUCAAUGAAAACCAGUCGUUACAAAGUGUGUUGGAUAGGCCAUCUGUCAAGCAAACUAUGUUCCUGGCGUGGUUUGAGGCCAACAAGAACUAUCCACAUGCAAGGGACUUGAGGUACGGAGAUUUUCCACAACAAUUUGUGUAUAAAGAGGAUUCUCGAACUUGGGCACCAAGGAAAAAAGGAUUUUCUAUCGGUAGGAUUGCGAAUGUUCCCCCUGGAAAGGGGGAAGACUAUUACCUUAGGUUGCUACUUAACAUUCAAAGGGGAUGCACGUGCUACGAGGACAUCAGAAAAGUUUUUGACAUCGUCUACCCUACGUUCAGGGAUGCAUGUUAUGUGUUGGGUUUGCUAGAUGACGACAAAGAAUACAUAGAUGCAAUAAAAGAAGUGAAUACUUGGGCAUCGGGGGAUUAUAUAAGAAGGUUAUUUGCGGUUAUGCUGCUUUCCAAUAGCUUAAGUCGGCCCGAACAUGUUUGGCAAAGUUGUUGGUUGGAUUUGGCUGAGGGUAUUGCUUACAAACAACAACGUCUUCAUAAAAAUCCAGAUUUACAUAUAUCGGAUGAAAGCUUGAAGAACUAUACUCUCACCGAAAUAGAAAAAAUAUUGCAAAGCAAUGGUAAAAGCCUGCAAAAUUACGCGCCUAUGCCAGUUCCAAUCGAAUACUCAUAUGAGGACACAGAAAACAUAUUGGUGUUAGAUGAACUGGAUUACGACCGGUUUGAAAUGGGUAGAGAACUUCAACAGUGUCUUGCUUCCAUUACAGAUGAGCAAAGAAAGGUUUAUGAUGUAGUCAUGGAUGCAGUAACCAAUGACAGUGGUGGAAUGUUCUUUCUAUAUGGCCAUGGUGGAACGGGAAAGACGUUUCUAUGGAAAACUCUUUCGGCUGCAGUUCGUUCGAAGGGAGAGAUUGUAAUUAACGUUGCAUCGAGUGGUAUAGCAUCGUUAUUGUUCCCCGGUGGAAGAACAGCUCAUUCUCGAUUCGGACUACCCAUAAAUGUACAUGAGAGUUCCACCUGCAGUAUAUCGCAACAAAGUCCACAGGCAGAGUUGCUCAUAAGGGCAAAACUUAUUAUAUGGGACGAGGCUCCUAUGAUGCAUAGAUACUGUUUUCAAGCCCUUGACAAGACAAUUAAGUCAAUAUUACAGGCUGACAAACCCUUUGGUGGUAAGGUGGUUGUUCUUGGAGGUGAUUUUAGGCAGAUUUUACCAGUUGUGCUCAAAGCAUCAAGGCAGGACAUAGUACAUGCUAUGAUAAACUCCUCUCCGCUGUGGAAUUUCUGUCGUGUCAUGAAGUUGACUAAGAACAUGAGAUUGCAGUCAUGCUCUUCUCCAUCUAAUGUGGAUGAGAUAAAAGAAUUUGGAGACUGGAUACUGAAUGUUGGUAAUGGGGAUGUUGGGGAAGACAAUGAUGGUGAAGCUUCGAUAGAGAUUCCAGAUGACAUGUUGAUUGGUGAUUCAGAAGAUCCAUUCAGAGACUUACUCGAAUUCGUUUACCCGGAUUUGUUGAGUAACAUGUACGAUCGAGAUUAUUUUCAAGGGAGGGCAAUUCUUGCACCAACUAAUGAAUGCGUCGAGUCUGUGAACGAUCACUUAAUGUCUCUCCUUCCAGGAGAGGAGAAGGUGUACCUGAGCUCAAAUAGUAUGUGUAGGGACGAGCACACAACGGAGGAUAAUGCAGAAAUUUAUUCGACUGAAUUCCUCAACACAAUAAGAUGCUCCGGAGUUCCUUCUCAUGCGUUGAGGAUCAAGGUUGGUGCACCCGUUAUGCUAAUAAGAAACAUCGAUCAAGCUAGAGGAUUGUGCAACGGUACCAGACUUCAAAUUAUUAGAACUGGCAUUCACGUUCUUAGUUGCAAAAUUCUUUCCGGAAAAAAUAUCGGUGACAUGGUGUUCAUUCCUCGGAUGACUUUAAUACCAUCUAACUCCGGACUGCCAAUUAAAUUUCAGAGAAGACAAUUUCCGUUGAUUGUUUCUUUUGCAAUGACGAUAAAUAAAAGCCAAGGCCAAACUCUUUCGCAUGUUGGUUUGUAUCUUCCUAGGCCUGUCUUCAGCCAUGGUCAACUAUAUGUUGCAGUGUCCAGAGUUAAGAGCAGAGGUGGCAUUAAGAUAUUCAUCAAGUCGGAUUCGGGUGAACUCACCAAUGUUACUAGAAAUGUCGUGUACAAGGAAGUAUUUCAUCGAAUUUGA